AUGUCUAAUAUUUCCCUUUCUUCUUUCAAUCUUACUUCGUUAUUUCCUUCAUUAAUUCAUUCAUUUGUUCUUUAUAUUCUUCCUUCAGUCUUAACUUGCUUUGUUACUUCCUUUCUUUUCUUUCAUUCUACCUUCCCAAAUAACAUUUCCUUCCGGACUUAUCUAUUUCCUUCUUUCUUUCUCAUGAUCAUUCCUUCUUUCUUCAUAAUCUUUCUUCAUUUCCUUCCUUCCUUCCUUCCGUUAUUACCUUCCUUAAUUCUUUCCUUCUUUUCCUUCCUUCUUAAGUCUCUACAUAAUUUAUUUUCUUUCUUUCUUUCUUUCUUUCUUUCUUUCUUUCUUCUUUCUCAUUCUUACGUUUUUCUUCCUUCUCCUCCCCCCUCACCCUCUUUCUUAGUGAUAUCUUGUUUCCUCUUUCAAUUUGACCUGCCUCUCUCUCUCUCUCUCUCUCUUUCUCUUUAUCUCUCUCUCUCUCUUUCUCUCUCUCUCUGGGUAACUUCCUUUGCCUAUCUCUCUCUCUCUCUAUUCCCUCUCUCUCUCUGGUUCAUUUCCUUUGUCUAUUUCUCUCACUCUCUUUUCUCUCUCUCUGAUUCACUUUCUUUACCCCCCCCUCUCUCUCUCUCUCUCUCUCUGGAUACAAUAAUUUUCUUUUUCGUUAUUUCUAUUUUCCUUGUUACUCUUAUUAUUUUUCUCUUUCUCACACAUUAUUUUUUUCCUUUCUUUUCUCUUUCUUACUGUUUUUCUUCUAACUCUCCUUCUCUCCUUCUCUUUCUCUGUCAUUCACAAACAUUAUUUUUAAUUUUGUUCUUUUCUUUUUCUUUUUGA